GAGGCAUGCCAUGAGAAGCCUGCAGGGAGUGGACGAGUCUGCGCCAUCAUACUCUUGUCUUCUACAUCCUGGUCGUCAUCCCGUCCCAGCGAUGUUCAUGCACGCCUACUGACGCGGCCAGUAGCAUCAGCAGUAGCAGCACUCACAAUACGCCUGCGGACGGAAUAGCUGCACCCGGACCUGUUAACGGACUACAAGACUGUGAAUAUUCACGGAGUUGGUGACAGAAAAUUUAAGACCGGAAUAAGAGACACUGCUGUACUUAUUUACUGGAGAUGAAUAUGUUGAAGACGAAACUGUCGACGAUAGUGUUGAUUCUGUGCUGUUGGUAUACCUCAAGCCGAGCCCAGUCCGAUGUCCGAGCUCCCCCGAGCGUGCACGCUCCUCUGUUCGCCCGGACACAGUACUUCAACAAAGGCGUAAACUUCACAGUGUCCUGUAAUGCGACUGGAACCCCGCAACCUGAGUACACCUGGCAGAAAGAUGGUGCAAACAUCACGUCCGAUUACAUCAAUUUUAACGCCACCACCGGCUUUCUGUGGGUGGAGAGCGCCACGAUACGUGAGCAGGGGAGGUACAGAUGCCUAGCAACCAACACGUGGGGCACGGCGCUGUCACAGGAGAUACACAUGUCAAUGAUAAGUGGGGAAAGGUUUGAUGACGUCAAUGCCCGGUCGAUGACAAAGGUUGCAGGGGAGAGUGCUUCCAUGGAGUGUUUGAAUCCCCCUGAAUCUGUCCCUACGGGCACGUUCGCCUGGUACCUCACAGAUGCCAAGGACAAACAAGUCAGCUUCAGCCCUACCAAGCGACAUGGCGUGGACGAGAGAGGAACACUACAUUUUGCGUACGUGGAGGUGGAUGACGACAUUCCAGCCAAGCUGUAUGCGUGCGGCGUCCACAACGCUCAGGCAAACAACAUCUACCUCGGCAGCAAGGUCGACCUCACAGUCGCUCCUGGAUCAGAUACCGAUGACAGUAAACCUCGCCUUCUAUACAAAAGCGGACCGAAAAAAGGAUUUAUUGGCAAGAGCGUCACCCUGGAAUGUUUCUUCGGUGGAAAACCUGUUCCGGAAAUCAACUGGUUUGACAAGUACAACAAGGUUAUACUCCCCGACAACGCCCGCUUCAAAAUCCAGUACCAUGGGCGACGUGUUAAGAUUCUUAACGUCACCGACUACGACGAAGGGGAGUACACCUGUGAAGCCUCUAACUCACAAGGGAAACUUAAGGAGAUCAACUUCCUCAACGUCACCUCCCGACCGAUGUGGGUGGAGCCCCCGUUGUCGCAGACAGUCGUGGAGGGAAGCAACGUCACGUUCGACUGUAUAUCGAAAGGCGCAGACAGGGAGAACACACCUUCUCCUCCUAUAUGGUACCAGAACGGCGAACAGCUUCCCCACAACGACAAGAGGAUCAUCAAUUUCACCAAGUUCCGGUUGCUUCACGUGUCACGUGAUAUGGACAUCAUGAACGUGCAGUGUCUGGUACAGAACGAGUUUGGAAGCAUCUUUAAGGACGCAUAUCUGAAUAUUCUAACGCCAAUCACAAUAGGGUCCCGCCCGUCUCCGGUUGUCCGAGUGGUACAUGGAGAUGUGAAGACGUUGUCUGUCUCCGCCGUCACUGACCCCAGUCGGACGCUGGCGUUCCGCUGGACGCUCAACAGCAAAGACAUAAGACAAUCUCGUCCUGGUAUUUCACUGCGUAGCAACGACACACACAGCAGCAUCACCAUCAACACUACGGACCUCAACCCCAUGGACCUGGACACUGUGUUGGGGCUAUACGCGUGUGUGAUCAGCCACGACGUGCAGCAUGUGGUCGUCAGUGUCGACGUGAUGAGGAUGCCGCCCACCACAGACCCCUCCACAACAGAGGUGCAGCCAGUCACGGAAGGCAUCAUAGAGGCUGCCUCUACGAGCAUGUGGUGGGUGUUGGCGGUGGUGUUGGGGCUGCUGCUUGUGGUGGGGAGCAUCGUCCUUAUCGUCUUUGUUCUCCGUCACAGAUACCCAAAGCGCGUUUAUCUAUUGGAAAAGAAGGAACUGAAGAACAAGUUGGACCCUAUGCGAGAUCUGGAGAAUGAUUAUUUCCAGACUCUCUGAAGAGUGAGUGAGUGAGUGAGUGAUUUUUUCCAGAGUGAUUGAGUGUAGUAACCUGUAGUUUAACGACCAGUGGGCCAGUAUUUCAGUUAAAUCGCACAGUGCCAGCUUGAUAUGGGAGGAAAUCCUGAACUGUGUCUCAAGAAGUACCACUUUGUCCUGCAGCAGUAGAAACAUGAUCAGGGGGAAUCUGGGAUUCGAACCCACAACCAUAGUUUUCUGUCAGCCUGAGGACCAUGUGAGACAGCUUACACAAAUGAAGAGAACUAUCUAGCUAUUGUUUAUAAUUGUAAAAUUAUUAUUGUAUGCGAGCUGUAGCACACAAAUGACAGAAAAAAAUUCUUGGUAAUUCCCUUGAAAACCAAGAUACUGAAGUCAGUUUUUUUUUCAUACUGGUUCACCAUUGUUGUGGAUGACAGCGAUGAUGAUGAUGAUGAGGAGGAGGAGGAGGAGGAGGAGGUUGAUGAAUAUGAUGAGGAUGAAGUAUUCAUUUAUGCAUUUGUAGUUUGUUAUUUUUUAUCUACAUCUAUGAACAGUAUUUCUGUCAAGUCACAGUGUUGGUUUAAUGUGGGAGAUCUGCCAAAGUGACACAGAUGAUAGACCUGUAUCCCUUUGGUAAAUAUCUUGUACGCUGGAUUCUCACGGUAAUAGGGUAAAGUCUGAUGUAUGUGUGAAUAGCUUAGUGAAUCUGCCCUCUAAUGCACACCAACUGUAACUACAUGUUGCACUGUAUGCUGUAUCAUGGCUCCUCUGGGGAAGGCCACAAAAAGUAUUUGUUCUUCACAUCUUUUAUUGCUUUACCCAAAAAGAAUACAUUUUUCAUGGGGCAUGCAGCAUCUCAUAAGCUGAUGGAAUACCAAGGAUUUUAUAAUAAUGGUUUCAGAUUUUCAAGAUUUACCACCUGAGAGUUUAAUAUCGCCAUACACUUUGUUUUGUAAGCGAUUCCACCUAAACACUGAAAUCUGUUCAUGAUCAGACCAAAAACACUUUUUUUUAAUAAAAAGGACAUUCUGCAAAACUCAUAUUUGAUUUGUUAGGGCCAAACAAUCAUUCUCUCUCAUACAAGCUUUAGGUACAUGUUUGGCCUGUUAUUGUUUACCUACACCCUUGUCCAUACUCCCUUGAAACAUGCCUCCCACCAAAAUGUACAUAUCUCCAAUGUAGUAGAACUGGUUUGUUUGUUGUUUAACGCCGCACUCCAGCAAUAUUCCAGUUAUAUGAUGGCGGUCUGUAAAUAAUAGUCUGGACCAGACAAUCCAGUGAUUGAUGUCAUGAUCAACGCAAUUUGGAUACAAUGAUAUGCAUCAACCAAGUCAGUGAGCCUGACCACCCGAUCCGUUAGUUGUCUCUUAUGACAAGCAUAGUCGCCUUAUAGGGCAAGCAUGGGUUCCCGAAGACCAAAUUCUAACUUAGAUCUUCUCAGGGCAGUAGAACAUGUAGGUAUUCUUGUCAAACAUUGAAUUAAAUCAAUUAUUUUGACGCUGAGUUACCAAAUUGGACUAUGUUCCACGCUGGUGCCCAUUUCUAAUAAAAUAUGAGUUCAGAAUGUGAGACUAAGAUCUGAUCUCUGUGUAAUUGCAUGGAGGAAUGAUUACCUGCUAUAUACACACACCUGGUGUUCAACAACCUGAAUGGAGUGAGUGAGUGAGUGAGUAUGGUUUUACAAUAUGGUUUUAGCAAUAUUCCAGCAAUAUCACGACGGGGGACACCAGAAAUGGGCUUCACACAUUGUACCCAUGUCGGGAAUCGAACCCGGGUCUUCGGCGUGACGAGCGAACGCUUUAACCACUAGGCUACCCGACCGCCCAACCUGAAUGGAACAUCACUGGGCUGCCAUUUGAUCUUACUAGUCCCUCUUUAAAUGAGCAGCAUUUUCAUGUUUGUAUACAUAUACAUAUUUACAAUGUCAUAUGGAUCUCCAUUUUGUUAUGUAUUUGUCGUUAAUAUGCAAUGAUCACAUUCUAUAAUAAUAUUCACACUAGGUUUUCAUUUUAUUGUACAAACAUGUUUCAAUCUAGCGGCAACAUUCCAUUGAAAUCUUGUAAUAUAUUUUGAAGUUGAUUUUGUUGUAUAUUCCUGAGAUUUGAAAUAAACCAAAAUACUGUGAUAUGUUA